GCCAGGCCACGCCCCUGCGCCCUGGUCACGUCCGCGUGCCCCGGGGCUGCCGCAGGGCCGGGCAUGCGCACUGAACGGCUCUGGGGCCUGUGGCGUUGCCAUGGUAGCCGAGCGGACGUGAACACGCCGGAGGAGGACUCUGCUGAGGCCUCCUCCUCUGGACUGCCUUGAGGGGCGGCUCCUCGCGGGUCACCGGGGCGGGACGCGGCUCCGGAAAAGCGGGGCCGGCCAGGGGGCUGCGCCCGAGGGGCGGGGAGGCCGGGUGAGGGCUGGGCCUGCGACGCGGCGAGGGGCGGCCUGGCCCGGGAAGCAGCCCGCGUCCUGCAGGAAGCGCGGUGCCGGAGGAGAGCGGACGCCGGAGCCCGCCCGAGUAUGUGGAAGCUGAGCCGGGGCCGGGUGCUUCUUGACGAAGCCCUGGAGGAGGAGGACGGCCUGCCGGAGGGGCCGCCGCCUGCGAUGGCUGCCGCUGCAGCGCAGGUGCAGGGAGCAAGUUUCCGAGGGUGGAAGGACGUGGCUUCCCUAUUUAACAAAGACGAUGAACAGCAUCUGCUCGAAAGCCGUAAACCCCCCAAGUCCAAAGGAGCAAACUCACGACUGAGAGAGGAGCUCAAGGCUGAGAAGAAGCCUGGAUUUUGGGACAAUUUGGUCUUGAAGCAGAACACACAGCCCAGGAAACCGGAUGAGAUGGAAGGCUGGGAACCUCCCAGACUGGCUGAGGGAGAUGCAGCCGUCGACUCGGGGGACAUAGCGGGCAGCUGCCUGCCUUGGCCGGAGUGGGAGGAUGCCCCCCAGGGCUCUUCUAAGUACACCAGCCUGGCCAGCUCAUCAGGCAGCUCCCGAUGGAGCCUCCGGGCUGCAGGCAAGCUGGUCAGCAUCCGUCGGCAGAGCAGAGGGCACCUGCGGGAUGGCUGGCAGGAGGCCGAGUGAGAGGGAGCCGACGCCAGCUUCAUGCUUGACCUCAUGUCUCAGAGGACCCUGGACCCCACACUGUGCUCCCAGCGCUUGGCGGGGGCUCUGAGGAUGAGGCCCACCUGCCUUGUCAGUGCCGGUCACCUCCACCGUGUCCAGCCAUCCGUCCCUCCUACCUCCUGCAGCUCCUGCAUGUGACACGUGUCCAUCUGACACAGGAAUGUAGCAGCUACGCAGUUGCCAGAAAAUCACAGUGUAGGACAAGAAGUGAAUCCUUAGAACUUUUUUCUUCCUAAAUUAAAAAUAUGUGAGCAAUUCCUGGGAAAGUGAAGCUUACACUUGCACACAAAGCACGGCUUGGAGAAUGCUUGUCCUGUGCUGGGGACAGUGGCUCUACUGGGAGCUUUGUUUUUAUUUCUGAACUUUCAAAUAUUCAUCUUUAUUUUCUUUGAAAAAAUUUCUCUUCUGUUUAUAGAUUAAAGCAGUGCUAUGAAGUAUGGCUACA